CUUGGGGUCGUUUAGCAUCGGCGCCGAAAACUGGAGUGACGUCGGAGCACCCGACUUGUCGUCAUUUAGCUUUGGCCCGGACAAACAACCAUCUCUGUCCGAUGCGAACACCGUGACAUGGAAGCCAGGAUGAGGAGACCGGCAUACACAAUGGAUGAGGAGGAGGAAGAGGAUAUUUCCUCGAUUUCCAGAGCAGUGGGUCUCAUAGCAAGCCCCUUUCGCGCCGCGAUAUCCAAGCAAGCACAGAGAGCGUACCUGAGUUCCCUGCUGUUUGCAAGCGCUUCCAUAAUUCUGCUGGGCAUCGCGGCCGUCUCGUAUUGGAUAUUGUACUUCAGAUUUGUUCCGCAAAUUGGCCUUGAGCGAGAUGUUCAUUUGCAAUUCGGUAAUGGACACCCUUGGGGAACUGCCAUAUUGGACUCCGAAUUGGCCUCCCUGCAGGCUUACGACGUGAGCGUUACGCUUGAACUUCCUCGGACCCCGUCCAACCUCGCUGCCGGCAACUUCAUGCUAGACCUCUCCCUAUAUUCGCGUCCCUCCAAGUCUAUAAUUACAGCUGCAAAUACCUCGACGCAAGUGCUUUCGCAUUCCCGUCGCCCGGCCAUACUUACCUACGCAUCGUCAGUCGUGGACACGGCCCACAAAGUGUCGCGGUUGCCUUUCUAUGUGUUUGGGUGGCGGAGGGAGGCGGAGACAUUGGAAGUGGAUAUGAUGGAACAGGUCGAGUUUGCAAAAGGAUGGCGCAACCUUCCGGCAAGUCUCCGGUUGGAGAUUCAAAGUACAGAGCGCAUGCAGGUCUACAGUGCCAAGGUAAAGUUCCUGGCAAGAUUUACGGGGCUACGUUGGUUCAUGUAUAGGUGGAAGAUCACAUCGUUCCUCAUAUUCAGUGGGAUGUUCUGGGGUGUGUCCAUGGCAUCCAGCGCCAUUGCCUGGUUAAUACUAUCGUCCUAUCUUGGUUCCGGUGCAAGGGAACCAGAGAAGUCGAUAAAGAAGGAAGAACGUGACGAUCGCCCAAUCAAGACUGAGGAAGAGACAACAGAUAGCGAUUCUGACGGUUAUCAGGAAUCAUCGAAGCAGGGGAUAGGACGGAUCAAACGGGAAGAAGAUCCUCACAAUGAGGCUCUAGGUGACCCUCAUGCUGCUGAAGCGGACGAUGAAGAUGACGAAGGACAACAGAUCAGGGAAAGUCCAGGAGCGGGCACAGACUCCGGCAUUGGCACUAGUCUAGAGAGUGCAAGUGCGCAAGGCAUUCAGCGACGGAGGAGUCGCCUGUUUGGUGGACAUUGAGAUGGUCACUGAUAUCGACCAGUGUCGAGAAAAGACAUGUUGGUGGACAUCAUUUUCUAUGUGUUUGAGAUUGGAUGGUUUCCUUAGUUGUUUGUAUGUUUCUUGAUGCGAUUGUAUCGUAUGUAACUAUCUGAAACAAACAAUGGCUGCAUCCUGGUUAUAAAUACUGCCGCCACAUCGUUGUGGCAUUCGUGAAUUGAAGC